UUCUUCUUUUGAAUUCCCAGAGAAACAAAAAAAUCUCAUUGCUUCUAAGCUUUCCUUUCAAGAUCUUUCUCUUUCUCUCUCUCUCUCUCUGUUUUCUGAGAUUAUUAACCCAAAACUUCUUCUUUGAAGUUUGAACCCACCUUCUCUGUUUUUGUUCUUCACUGAUCCACGCAAUUCUUUGGAUUACUCUUUCUAUUUCAUCUUCUCUCUGUUUUCUCUUCACCCGUUUCCCAUUUUUCGGUUUUCUGAACAAGUCUCUGCUAAUUUUCACCAUCUUCCUGGAAAAAAAAAAGGACCAACUUUUAGUGUCCCUGUUUCCCACACAUUGUUUUGCUACCAAUUUUCCGGGAAAACAACGCUGGAAAAUCUGCCAUAAUUAUGGAUGCAAUCCAGGACCAGAACCUUCCCUUUACAUUCAACGACGGUGCCGAUAUCAGAUACUCCUUAUCGCAACUCUUACUAACAAGGGGCACAAACACCUUGGACUCAAUUUUCUCGCAUUGCCCUCCAUCAAACACCAUCGCCAACCCGGUUUUUGAGCCUUUGGGCUCCUCUGUUUACCUUCGCCAGAGAGAUCUUCUCCAGCAGUUCUGCCAUGAAAGCCAAGCAAACGGCGCGCUUCCACGCACUUCGGCGACGAACCCACUUCAGAGCUCUGUAUGCACAAGUACUUACAUGAGCCCGUACAAGAAAAAGCUAUACAGGGGAGUGAGGCAGAGGCAUUGGGGCAAAUGGGUCGCCGAGAUUAGACUACCCCAGAACAGAGUGAGAGUCUGGUUGGGUACCUACGACACAGCUGAAGCCGCCGCUUAUGCCUACGACCGAGCUGCUUAUAAGCUUCGUGGCGAAUACGCACGCUUGAAUUUUCCAAAUCUUACGGAUCCAAGCGAGUUAGGAUUCCGAGAUUGUGAGAAAUUGAAUGCCUUGAAAAACUCGGUGGAUGCCAAAAUUCAAGCUAUUUGUCAGAAAGUGAAAAGAGAGAAAGCUAAAAAGAAUGCGAAGAAAAGCAGUGUCGGUGGUGGUGGUAAUGGCGACAAUGUUGAAAAGGCAGUGAAGGUGGAUUCAUCGUCAUCUUCGUCGUCAUUACCGUUGUCGCCGUUGGCUCUUGGUGACAGCUGGGGCAGUGAAUGGCUAUCACCAGCGGUUUCCGAAGAAGAGUUUUUGAAGUGUGAGAAUUCACCGCCCUCUGUUUCUACCGAGUGUCCGACGGCUGCAGCGGCAGAGGAACCAGAGUUAGAAGACUGUUUUCUUGCGAGGUUGCCUUCGUACGAUCCCGAAUUGAUCUGGGAUUUUCUUGCUACUUAGAGAAGAAGUUGUUUUCUCAACUUCAACUGUGAAAUUCUUGUCAGGUUUAGAGAUUUUUCUUAGGAUGUUUAAGCAGGGGUUUGAAGUGUAAAUUGUAGUUUUGGUAAAGGGCAUUGUGGGAAGAUGCUUUCUUGAUCCAAUACGAUGUUUGAGGGUUUCUUAAUCUUUUAGUUUAGUUUAAUUAGUUUAAUUAGAGGGUUAUGGUGGUUAUGUUUUAGCCUUCUGCCUUUUAGUUUGAAGGCCUUUUAGUUUAAUUAGAGAGUUACGGUUGCCAUUAGUAUGUUCU